AUGGUGUUGCGUGCGCUGUUGUUGUGCUACUUUCACUUUGAGAAGGUUGUCGUCUCCAACGGCAGCACUGAAGCGCUUGAUGUCGGCUCCGUUCUCUGGCGCGAAGACCGCUCUCCGCUGGGCAAGGUGUUUGAGGUGUUUGGACGCGUGGAUGAGCCAUACUACGUCGUCCGCUUUCCCUCCAGCGAUGCCAUCAAGCAGAAGCAGAUUGCCAAGGGUCAGCCCAUCUUUGCUGCUGUGGAACGCGAUGAUUUGGCAAAGCCCGUUCCAACCGAAGAGCUCCGAAAGAUGAAAGGCAGCGAUGCGUCCUGGUUCCACGACGAAGAGCCGCCAGAAAACGCGCUUGACUUCAGCGACGACGAGGAGGAGGCCAAGCACCGGCGGGAAGCGAAGAAAUCGCGCAAGAAGAAGAAGGCAGAUGAUGAUGACGAUGAUGAUGACGACGGUGAUGCCGACGCAACUCAUGGCGCGCUCGAAUCAAACGCAGCCAAGCGGGGCAAGAGGAGCACACCAUCGCGGCCACAGAAGACAACAACCCACCGCCAUCAGCCAUCGUCGUCGUCAUCGUCGUCAUCGUCGUCAGCCCCGCAACUCGCAGCGUUUGCUGGUCGCUUUUCUCAACAGUACACCAACCAGCCCCAACGCCAACAGCAACACCAGCAUCAGCAGCGGAGACCACGACAAGGGUUAAUGGGAGCAGCGCCCAUGCAGCAAGCCGUGGGCGCAAUUGCUGGCGGUGGCGGUGGCGGUGGCGGUGCGUCGUUGCUCGGACCACCUGUACCCAGCGCUGCACCGGUGCCAUCGCAACCGCCGUCGUCAUUGCCAUCGGGGCUGCUGCCUGCACCGUCAGGGGGGCCGCUUAUGCAGACGCGAACGCCUCUCAUUGCAACGCCGCCGCCACCACGACAGACCCAACCGGUGCCAUCGCACCAACCGCAUCAGGUGCAGCAACUGCACAUGCCUGCUCUGCAAGCGGCCAAGCCAGCGCUCAUACCCACGCAUCCCAUGCAGCAGCAGCAACAGCAGCAGCAACGGCAGCAACCAAUUGGAUUUGGCGGUGGAGGACUCAUGCCUCAGCCCAUGCAACAACACCAACCAAUGCAACAACUACAGCCAAUGCAACAACAACAGCCAAUGCAACAACACCAACCAAUGCAACAACACCAACCAAUGCAACAGCAACAGCACAUGCAACAACAACAGCUAAUGCAACAACAGCAACACAUGCAACAGCAACAGCCAAUGCAACAACAGCAACACAUGCAGCAACAACAGCCAAUGCAACAACAGCAACACAUGCAACAGCAACAGCCGAUGCAACAACAGCAACACAUGCAGCAACACAUGCAGCAGCAGCCGCACUAUCCCCACACGCAAGCCUUCGUUCGGCAACAGCCACCACCGCACAUGCAGCAACAAUACCAGCACGCUUCGCACACGCCGUACACCCAGCAACAGCAGUGGCAGUGGUAUCAGGGAUAGGAUGUUGAAGUGUGUGUGUGUGUGUGUGUGUGUGU